AGGAAGCAGCUUUUAUUUUCUCUCCCCAGUCCGUCCAUCCAGUCACGUGGUCGCGCUGAGCAUCCUUCCAGUGGGCAGACUGGCGUGUCUUUUCUGGGUUACAGAACCAUGGACCAGUGGUGCUGGUGCCGUGCAUAGCUGCAGGAGACAUUUGAUUUAUUGUUCUGCCUGGGUUUCCCUCUGCAGCUGGACUGCUGUGUGCCACCGCGCAGGUUAUGCCACCCCCAAGGCUUCCUGGAUCCCCUGCCGUGAAAGAGAAGGGCUGAUCCCCGUCCUUCUCCAGGUUCCCGCUACUUUUCACCCCAUCUUUACCCUCCUAUUUCCCUCUCCCUAUGGCCCUAACAUUACCUGGCUCUCACAUUCAGUUCUAACCCCAGUUGAGCCCUGUCAUCCAUCCCUACAAACGCUUUUUUACCUCCUCUGAAUUAGCGUUUGGCCACACUAGUUAACGUUCCUGCAGGCCCUUGCUCUCUGCAGGGGUCAAGACAUUUCCCAUCGGCUGCUUGUUGGGACUCAUGGCUACAGGAGGUCAUGCACCUAAUGUAGAUGUGCUGAUUAACCUACAGCAGGUGAAGGUGGAGGAGGUAGAUGAGGAUGCAGCAGAGGAUGAACUGGAGGAAGAAGAAGAGGAGAACUGGGAGAAAGCCCUGUCUGUGGAGCGCUUUGGAGACAUCAUCGGAGAUUCAGCUUCCACCAGCGGGGACCGGAUGGGCCGACACUACACGGAGAAAGACUUUGAGUAUCACAGACACACGUUUCACCAUACGCACCAUCCCUUAUCAACCCACCUGCCCGUAUUCCAGCGACAACGCAAGAGGGUGCACAGUACAGACAGAAGGCGCAAAAAGAAACGGAAGAGAAAAAAAACCUCGCUGCCCCCCUCCGAUGUUACACCCACCAUACACGAAGUAGACGAGGAAGAGGCGGAGUCUGACACCGAGGGACGCUUGGUGACUGCCACGCCCACAGAGUUACCCGAUAUCCAGCCGCAGUUUAGUUUUGGGAGCCAAGAGGAAUUGGAGGAACCCCUACCACCUGCUACUGUCCACAUGGAAAACGAAGAACAUCCUGUUUCAAGCAAAGCAGCUGUCACUCUAAUAAAGGAAGCAGCACGUAACAGGAGAGUUGUUGUCAGUGGAGACGGUGAGAAGAUGGUUGGAGGAGAAGCACCUGGCACAAGUACUUCAGCAGAGUCAGAACCCUAUAAUUCAACAUCAAACCAAGGCUGGUUACGCCGCAAGCCCAUCCACCAUCGGCUACUGGCCGCCCAGCGCAGUAACUACGACCUGCGGGAGCGAAUCUGCAUCGGCAGCAUGACGGCCCUGGAGACCGCCGUCUACCAGCAGGUGCCCACCGAUGAGGCCGAAGCCCAGAUGUUGGUCAGCGCUGAUCUGGACGACAUGAAAAGUCACAGAUUUGAGGACAACCCCGGCGUACGGCGCCACCUGGUGAAGAAGUCUUCUCGAUGUCAAAUGUCACGGUCCACCAUGAGCUCCACACCAUUAUCCAGCUUGAAGAAGAAGAAGAGGGCAGCAGAUAAAAAAACUCAUGAGUUGUUUGUCGAGCUCAACGAGCUCAUCAUAGAGAAAGAUCAUGAGAUGCGCUGGAAGGAGCGAGCACGUUGGAUCAAGUUUGAGGAGGACGUGGAGGAGGAGACGGAUCGCUGGGGCAAACCUCACGUGGCCUCGCUGUCGUUCCGCAGCCUGCUGGAGCUUCGCCGCACCAUCACGCAUGGUGCCAUCCUUCUGGACCUUGAGCAGAACACUUUGCCUGGCAUCGCCCAUCUGAUGGUGGAGACGAUGAUCAUCUCAGAUCAGAUCAGAGCAGAGGACAGGCCGAGCGUUCUUCGUGCUCUGCUUCUUAAACACAGCCAUCCAAGUGAUCUGAAGCACCGUUUCCACCGCUACCAGUCGUCGGGCAGUCUCCACGGCAGCUUCAACCACAACCACGUCCAGGAGACCAACCUGCCCCUGGUGGCCGAGGAGCACGAUGAGAAUCACGACAAUAAAGGGCCGGUGUACGACCCCAAGCAGGACGUGUUCGUCAGCCUCUUUAAAUCUCUCCACCCUUUGCCUCCGGAGCAUCAUCCAGCUGCAGCCGGAUCCAUGAAGCUGCUUGCCAAGAUUCCCAAAGGCGCUGAAGCUGUCAUUGUUUUAGUUGGCUGCGUUGAGUUCCUGGAGCAGCCUGCCAUGGCCUUCGUCCGGCUGAGCGAGGCCGUCCUCCUGGAGUCCGUGCUGGAGGUCCCGGUCCCCGUUCGGUUUAUUUUUGUCCUGCUCGGCCCCAGCCAGUCCAAUGUGGACUAUCAUGAGAUUGGGCGCUCCUUUGCCACUCUCAUGUCUGACAAGAACUUCCACGAGGUGGCCUACUUCGCCGACGACAGGCAGGACCUCCUGAACGGCAUCAACGAGUUCCUGGACUGCAGCAUCGUCAUCCCACCUUCAGACGUGGAAGGUAAAGACCUCCUGAAGACGGUGGCAGACUUCCAGAAGCAGCUGCUGCGUAAAAGGAAAGAACGAGAAGGCAAGAAGCACCAGUCCAUGUACGGAGUGGAGCAGGACAGCAAAGCUGAGGUGAGUCCGGAGGAGGAGGAGGAAGCAGACCAGGAGGUGGACCCGUUAAAGCGCUCUGGAGUCCUGUUCGGAGGCCUGAUCCACGACGUCCGCAGACGCUACCCUCAGUACGUCAGCGAUUUAAAAGAUGCCGUGGACAUGCAGUGCAUCGCUGCCGUCAUCUUCAUCUACUUUGCUGCUCUGUCACCAACCAUCACGUUUGGAGGCCUGCUGGGAGAGAAAACUGACGGCUUGAUGGGGGUGACUGAGCUCAUUGUUUCCACGGCAACUCUAGGAAUUAUAUUCUCUCUGCUUGCUGGUCAGCCUCUUCUCAUCAUUGGUUUCUCUGGACCUUUACUGGUAUUUGAAGAAGCCUUCUAUAAGUUCUGUCAGGCGCAUAACUUUGAGUACCUGACCGGUCGAGUGUGGAUCGGUUUCUGGCUCAUCUUCAUCGUCCUGGUGAUCGUGGCUGCUGAAGGAAGUUUUCUUGUCCGCUACAUUUCUCCUUUUACCCAGGAGAUUUUUGCUUUUCUUAUCUCUCUCAUCUUUAUCUAUGAAACGUUCUCAAAGCUUAUCAAGGUGUUUAAGGAGCAUCCAUUGAUGACAGUUUACCCCUCAGAUUCCACCAUGGAUGGCGGGAUACAAAGCUUUGAUGGUCCAGUCCUCAAUCAGCCCAACACUGCUCUCCUGUCUCUGGUGCUUAUGAUAGGAACCUUCUUCGUGGCGUUUUUCCUCAGAAAGUUCAGAAACAGUCGCUUUUUGGGAGGCAAGGCCAGAAGAAUUAUCGGCGACUUUGGGAUUCCCAUCUCCAUCCUACUGUCCGUGCUGGUGGAUAUCUCCAUUCCUGACACCUACACUCAGAAACUCAACGUGCCAUCUGGAUUUUCAGUCACGUCUCCUGACAAGAGAGGCUGGCUGAUCAGCCCUUUUGGAGACAAGCAGCCAUUUCCAACCUGGAUGAUGGGAGCAUCUGUUGUCCCCGCUCUACUUGUCUUCAUUCUUAUUUUCAUGGAAACUCAAAUCACUUCGUUAAUAGUCAGUAAGAAGGAGCGGCGCCUGAUUAAAGGCUCCGGGUUUCACCUGGAUCUCCUGCUCAUCGUUGUCCUCGGUGCCAUCUGCCCGCUCUUCGGCCUGCCGUGGCUCACCGCGGCCACCGUUCGCUCCGUCACUCAUGUCAACGCGCUCACUGUCAUGAGCAAGGCCACGGCCCCUGGAGAAAAGCCCGUGAUCCAGGAGGUGAAGGAGCAGAGGCUGACCGGGCUUCUCGUGUCAGUGCUUGUCGGUAUGUCCAUCGUGAUGACUGAUGUCCUGCGCCACAUCCCUCUGGCUGUCCUCUUCGGCAUCUUCCUCUACAUGGGGGUCACCUCUCUGACGGGGAUCCAGCUCUAUGAACGCAUCACGCUCAUGGUCACUCCUGCCAAGCACCACCCUGACCACAUCUACGUCAUGAAGGUGAGGACAUGGCGUAUGAACAUGUUCACCAUCAUCCAGCUAGCGUGCAUUGUGACCCUGUGGGUAGUGAAGUCAACUGUGGCCUCCCUGGCAUUCCCCUUCAUCCUCAUCAUGACGGUGCCACUGCGCCGCCUUAUCCUCUCCAGGAUUUUUGAGGAACGUGAACUUCAGGCGCUGGACUGCGACGAAGACUCUCCCAACUUUGACGAGGACGGACGAGACGAGUACAACGAGAUCCACAUGCUUGUAUAGAUUUAAGGUGGACCCUAGUGAUAAGAACCUUCUUUGUCCUCCACCUCCGAUGGAUCAAAGCACACAACGUUUCUGGAAAACUCAGAGUCACAGAGUACAACAGUAUUGGUUUGGAUAAGGAUUUCCUACCUCUGUUUAUUCUAAAUCAGCACAGUUGUUAUGCCAUUAUAUUAAUCUCCUGCAAGAUUUUGCUAGAAGCCUGAAAGUAGUCACAUGAAUUAGUAGUCACAUGAAUCCUUUCUAUCCCUUUAAUUACUCUGCAGGUUUGGGAGGAUAAGUGCAAUGAUGAACACAUCAGCAGGCUGGGGAGUUAAAAGUGACAAAAAUCAACAAACAGAAAUAUGAAUCAUCUUCUUUUGCUGCAUUUAUGUUUUUAGCUGAACCAACCCACAGACUAAAAUCAGAACUGCCUGUAGUUAAGCUGCCUUUUCCACUAUACUGCCGUUAUCUUUAAGCUGUAAAUACGGAGUUGAGUUGUGCUUUUUCCUUUCUGCACAGACUUUCAGAAACAAGCACUUUGAUUGCUGCCAGCUGAGCCCCCUGGCACAUUACUUGUCUUUAAAUGUAGUUUUCUAAUUGAAACUCAGAGGAGACUUCAGGAGGCGGGACUCCACUGUACACUUAGUUGUUUGACCCCUGAACAUAUAAAUAUAUAGCUAACACUGGCCCCACCUUUAUUUUUCUACUUUGUAUUUAUUUUCUGUUGAUUUUGACUUGAUGCUGUGCAAGACUAUCAGUUUUGUUUAGACUUUAAAUAGCAAACUGAUUAUUAAUCAGUAUAACUGCAUCAUUUUCUGAAACCUUCCUUUGAAACCAUAUGAAUGUUAAGAGUUCUGCUUUCCAAACAGUUUUCCUACCUUUCAGUUAUUUUCUCUUUAAAUAGCGAAUGCUUUCAAACUAGUGGGCAAAGAUCAUAAAUCAGCAGUGCACUGGCCUCUGAAAGAGUUUCUGUGGUGCAAUGAGAGCCAGGCUGCACUCUGAUCAAUGAUCAGUGAUUUCCGUCCAAACAUGAAUUGCAUAUUAUGACAAAAGAGCUAAAGUGACCCUAAAACGGGUGAAAUGGGUUUGGGAAACAGACUGAACAUCUCUGAACUGAAUCAGUAAAAGGUUCCUUAAAGGUCUUGGUGGGAAUUUAGUGAGAAGCUACUUUUGCGUUACCUCCCAGUUUUGAAAUAUGUAAUAACCAUCUUUCUAGUUUUUCUAAAUAUCAGGUCCAAAACAUCUGAAAUGUUCUGACAAACAAAUCAAGCAAUUGCAGUUCUUGAGUUCAUCAUCUAGUACCUGCUAAAGGAGCACCUUAUAAAGCUGCUAGAGGGAUUUAUCCAAUAUUUCCAGCAUGGUUGCUGCUGAAGCUCAAUGCGUCAGUCUGGUGGUCCGGAUUAAAGUUUGAACACUCUCAACCAAGCCACUUUCAUUUGUGGAGUUUUUGCUGCUUCCCUUUGGGGGUUUUCCACCAAAGUGAUUUCACUGCUACAUUAGGGCUUCUUCUUGAGAUGAUCCUUAAAGGGUUCUUUAAAAACACAGCAAAAAAGAAAUUUGGCUUCCCACAGCCAGAGAGAGAGCUCAAUGAGGUACCAUCGCUAAAAACACUGCCUCUGAACGCUGGGGAUGUCCUCAGAAAAUAAUGUCUUUAAAGCAGUUCCAAUGUUGGCUUGGAGACAAUGAUUUGCACUAUUUGUUCUCUUGUUUUUGAAAUACUAAGCAGUAACACUUAGACCUAAUAACCAGAGCAACAGUAGCACUAACCUCAAGUAAAGAUAAGCUUUUUCAGGGUCUGGAAGUGGACUCAAUGAAACAGACAUCUUUUAAUACCAACUUGUGCUUCUGUAUCCUGCUUCUGCUUGACUACUAGCUAAUGUUAGCUAAUAUGGUAAUUAGUAUAUAUAUUUUAUGUAUAUUAGCAUAUUUGCAAAUUUUGCAUUUUGGCUAAUGUUGGCCUAUUGUAUAACAUUAAUGUUAGCUAACGUCAGUAUAAUGCACCAUUAAUAAGUUUAGCUUGUAAGCUAAGGCUAGCAUAGUGCUGUAAAAAAAAAGUAAAACAUAAGUAAAAAUGUUUAUGUAGAAUCUUUACAUCAAACUGUUUAAAAGCUCAACGGUUCUUAAAUUUGAUGGGAGAGUUUUAGAUUACUGGGGCUCAGAGGCGGAUGCUGGUCUUUCAAGGAGGGGAAGCUCAAUUUCAAGAUCGCUGAUUCGCUGAUUUCGCUGUCAAUCAAAAAGGGAUUCAGCCUCAGACAGAUCAUCCAAUCAUCCUGCAGAAGCUAAGCGUCCGGGCCAGACAAGGCCAGCCCACUGCCCCAUGGAUCCCCAGAGACGCUGAGCGUCCGGCGGGGACAAAGCCCAGCAUUUCUGCUUCGCUAUUGAACUCACUGUUUAAAGCACUGUGAAGCUGCGGGAAUGAGUGAGA